AUGGAAUCAACCUACCAGCUCGCCGUCUCCCUCCUUGCCGUCCUCAUUCUCGUGGCAGGGUCGUACUUCGCCUAUGAGCAAGGGUACAUGGACCCUCUAAUUGAGAAGUUUGGCGUCUUCAUGAUGAAGGCCAAGGCUGAGGCUGAGGCAAAGGAGAUGCAGGCUAAGGGCUUGAAGAGGGGGGAGGACUUUGUUGAUUCCGAGCUAAAGGGGAACAAACAGGCCCAAGAUAUCAAGGCAGGCGUGGGUUCGUUGGGCGGUCUGAAGAAGAGCCUCUAG